AAGAUAUAAACGUAACAUUGAAGGAUUUUUCUGUUUUCUUUUACAGAUUUUGACGCAAGUGUUUAUAAUCAAUCAAGAAUUGCAGUCAAAUGGACAACAAAGGAUUCUGUAGGAUCUUUCAUACUUAGUAUAUACUUAAAAAGUGUUGUUUCAAUGCAACAAGUUUUUGUGCCAUGAAACCCUACACGUAGAGAAAUAACAUGAUUAUAUUAAAACAGGACUUGAUAUGUGGCAAUAAUAACGGGGCAUAUCUUAUAAAUCAGUUUAAAAGAGAAAACAAUGGAAGUCAGCUUAUCAAUGACAAAGAAAUAGAUAUAUUCAUGCCUGGGAUUAAUCACAAGUUACUCGUGCAAAAAGUCACCUGAUUGAUAUAUUUGAGCUUUAGAAUUGCGUAGCUAAUACAUAUAUAUUAUGAUGGAAUCAAGCGAUAAAGAAACACGUGCAAUUUUCUUAAAUUUCAAGGAAUUGCGGUGUUUGGAGAAGAAUAUGCAAGCACUGGACCUUGAAAAGUCUUACAAUAUCAGUUUAAUAAAUCUGGAUCAGAAAGUUGUCAAAGUAAAAUAUAAACGAUUAAAAGAUAAAGUAUCAAGGAUAAAGUCUCAUUUGAAUCAAGACGAGCUUGAAGAACUUAAGAAGUUGGAAGAAGAAGGAAAAUUGAAUGUAAAAACUCCUGCAUCAGAUUUAAAUAUAAAAAUUAUCGCCGCGGAAAAGAGAUUAAAACUUAUGCCCAGAGCUAAAAGUGCCGUACCAAGGUUGCAGUCCGGAACAUGUAACGAGAAGAAAACGGACAUAUUGAAGACGCCAAGAUCUGCACGAAGGGUUCGAACACCCGCGUCAACACCACGAAAAGAGCGACCACUUUCCCCUCCGUCCCCUCAGAGUACUUCCCGAAGUAGACCAGUGUCGGCAAUGCUUGAUAAUGCAGAAAAAGAGAGCGAUUACCUCGUACCAAAAUCUGUUCGUGAAGAAAGAAGAAAUUCGAUAGAUAUUCGAUGCUUAAACGAUGAUAUUAAAGCCCUUAAAGUGCCCAGCGUCAACGUCAUAACGGAAGACGAUAGUCAUGACACCAACUCAUUACACGGAAGCAAUUCUUCUCAAAAAGAGCUGGAUAUACAUACUAUUGACUUAAAUAAUCGCAAUAAAAGCAAUUCGUUACAUGCAACUAGUCCAAGAAUCACCAUCGCUGAUAGAGGAAUUAAUAAACACAAAAACCCUUCAACCAAUUCUAAUACAAAGAAUGUGACUGGAAACGAUUCCAAUAUUAGUAAUAAGAAAAAAACUUGCUCAAAAUCUACGGCGGAUGACAGAAAGAAAUCGGGGUCACCAAUAAUCAAAGUCACAAUUGCUGACAUAGAUGAAAGCUCGGCAGGUAAAUCAUCAUUUUUACAGUUGCCACAGGAAGGUAAUGUCAGGUCUGCUGUAGGAAAGGGAAGUAAUCAGGAACAGUCUUCCAAAAGUAGAAUAAGACCCAUGAGUGUCCCCGCCACACAAGUUACAGAUUUCGGCGCAACUUCGAAAAAGAAUCGCCCUAAAACUGCAAUUGAACUCGCUGUUGAAACUCGUAAAAAGUCUGUUAUAGAUAUUCGUAGAGCAUCUGCUAUGCUUAAAGAGGGUAAAACAAGGUCACCUUUCUCGAGCCAUGAACAGGACACGGAAGAAAAGAAAGAAAAACCUUUCCGCUCAAUAAGAGAGGGUAUAAACACUACAAACGCUGACAGCGAAAUUCUUGAUAACACUCUUGGUGACGACCUUCACAAAGAAAUGAAAAAGGGAAUGAUACUGGGAGAAGUGGCUACCAGUUUGUAUCUGGAGGAAAAGAUAGACACUUUUUUAGAAAAGGUUGACGGUUACGUAAAGGAAAAUCCAAAUUAUGUGUAUGACCCGGACGCACCAAAAACGAAAAAGGUCCCACGCAAUAAGGAAAAGAAAAGACCAAAAAGGAACCUAAUGCGCAGGCGCCAACUGGAAAGGCAGUUAUAUGAAGUGGAUGUAGAAGAAAUGAAAAAGAGUCGCUGGCUGCGCAUGGAUGAUGAUAAACUAGAUAUUUCUGGAAUGAACACCUUAGUUGUUGAUCAGAUGAAAAUGUUAAACAGGCUACGUCACCCUUAUGAUGAUGAUUAAUAAGAACAUUUUAUUUAUGAUAUCAACUUAAUAGGAACAUUUUAUAUACGUGUUUAAAAAUUCUGUUAUGUUCUGUAGAUAAAAAGGUGACUUUGAGCCUGGCAAUUGGAAAACCAUACAUGAGAAUAUUUAAGAAAAAAUAUGACAAGAAGUGCAUUAAAUGAAAUAACAUGUUUUAAAUCUACAUUGUUGAUUUUAACAAGAUGUGUUCAAAUAGUAAAUGUACGCGAGAAUGAAUGAAAAUGAUAAAAUUCAGUAACUAGUCUAUAGAUAACUAAUGUCAAAAUUUCA